AUGGCUGGUACCAAGAAGCGUAAAGAGCCAAACGAGCUCACGUCACCACCGAGAAAGAAGAAAUGGAGUGGUCGCAUGCUGAACAGCGGGAAGAAGAGCAAUUCAAUCACCGAAGCCAACUCAAGCACACGUCUGCUGUCACUCCCCGCCGAAAUUCGGAACCGCAUCUGGGGUUACGCUCUAUGCGAAGAGAUGAUAUACGUGUACGAGUACGAGGAGCUUUCGGAUCUUGAUCAUAGGCGCCGUAUUAGACAUAACGGUGUCUACAUAUGCCAGGCAGCGAAAGGCGACUCAACGGUGCGCAAUAAUCUCGCCACACAGGAAUCCGGCUCAUAUGAACAACGCCACGCCACUUGCCGUCCUCGCCAGGUUCCAAACACCACGACGCUCGAUUACGCCUCGACAAAGCGCUACUCCCCCACUCUGCUGUUGGUCUGCCGCCAAGUACACAGUGAAGCCGCACUGAUGCCGAUCGUCGACAACACCUUCGCCUUCGGACGUAAUGAAGACAUGGCCCUUUUCGCGAAGAGGCUAAUGGUCGUUCAGCGGAAGAACCUUCGGAGCAUCACACUCCACGAGUUUACCGGAUGCGGAGAGGAAGUUAAGAUGCUGCCAGGGCUGAAGAACCUCUCGAUCUUUGCGGAAGAGGAUAUGUCGGUGCUGUCGAUUCCCCAAGUAAGGACCCUGAUUCGUGUGCAGCUGUUCUGCUUCGCUCUUCUGAACUUGGAUAAAGCUUCAGUAAACAUCACGCCUAAGAACUAUCGGGGGGGUGCAGAUAGUGCGGAAGCACGAGCACAAGCGGAGCAGAUGUCUGCGCCCUGUGCGAAGAUGGAGGCCAUGAUCAUCAACCGGGACAUUGAGACGCUCGAGGAAGCUCUGGAGGAGAUGAAGGCUGAGAUCGAGGCCGCAGGUGGAUCUUUUUGA